AUGAGUGACCCCAACAACCCUCAUAUCAAGAACCGCACCACGCCCCAAUGGGGUCUCUACCAACGCGAGAACUUUUUGAAGCAGAACGAAGGACAGGCGCCACUGUUCAACACUGAUCCUCGAAAACUAGAAGAAAGAGCCAAAGAAAAGCUCAGCGAAGGCGGCUGGUACUACGCCUCCUCCAACGCAGGACUCUCAAACACGCACCUGACAAACCGACAAUCCUUCUACCGCCACCGACUAAUCCCUAACCAACUAAUCGACACCAACAACCGCGACACCAGCACCGAAAUCUUCAACCACAAAGUAUCAGCCCCGAUCGGCUUCGCCCCAAUAGGAAUCAACAAGAUCUACCACGCAGCCGGCGAAAGCGCCGUCGCAAAAGUCGCCGGCGAACUCAACCUCCCCUACUGCCUCUCCACAGCCGGCAGCACAUCAAUCGAAGACGUAGGAAAAGCCAACGGACCCGGUAACCCGCGCUUCUACCAGCUGUACAUGCCGCACGACGACGAGCUGACCGUGUCCCUGCUGACAAGAGCAUGGGAGGCGGGCUUUGACGCGCUGAUGCUGACGACGGACACAUGGCAGCUUGGAUGGCGACACGACGAUGUGUCGGCGUCGAACUAUGCGUUUUACCGUGGAUUCGGGGCGGAUUUGGGGCUUUCGGAUCCUGUCUUUCGGAAACGGUGUCGGGAGAGCGGGAUCGAUCCCGAUGUCGAUGUUGUUGCGGCUUCGGUGAAGUGGAUUGAUUCUGUUUGGCAUGGGCGGGCGUGGUCGUGGGAGAAGAUUCCUUGGUUGAUUGAGACUUGGAAGGGGAUUAGUGGGGGGAGGCCGUUUGCUAUCAAGGGGAUUCAGUCGGUUGGUGAUGCGCGGCGGUGUGUUGAGUUUGGGGUUGAUGGGAUUGUGGUUAGUAACCAUGCUGGACGGCAGGUUGAUGGGGCGGUUGCUAGUCUUGAUGCUUUGGAGAGUAUUGCGGAAGCUGUUGGGGAGAAGAUUUAUGUUAUGUUUGAUUCGGGGGUGAGGGGGGCGAGUGAUGUUGUGAAGGCUUUGGCGCUUGGAGCGAGGUUUGUUUUCGUGGGACGGUUGUGGAUUUGGGGGUUGAGUAUUGCUGGGGAGGAGGGUGUGAGGCAUGUGAUGAAAUCUUUGUUGGCUGAUUUGGAUAUUUUGAUGGGCGUUGCUGGGUUUAAUGGGGUUGGGGACUUUGAUCGCUCAAUUCUUGAUUCUGGUCCGAAGAAUUACUCGUUGAUUCCACAGAAGAGCCUGUGA